UCUGUCACAAGUGUUUCAUGCUCCUGGGGACGCCUCAGUGCUCAGUAUGAUAUAAAUCGUUGGUACACGCUGAAAGAAAAACUCACCCCAACACGAUGUCAAGACGCAAUCCCGGGGAGGACUAUCGAAAAGGGUCAAGUACCUACAGAGCGGAGGAUAGGAGGGAUAAGGAUGAUGACAGGGACAGAUCGCCCCUCAGGUCAGACGACAGGAGGGAUUCACCAACUUAUGGGCAGGGAGAAUCUAGGAAACAGAAAUUGACUUUUGGAUUUGGAAAGAAAGCCUCCACGGCUGAUCAGAAGAAGGGGAUACAGAUCAAAUUGGGGGCAACAUCUAAACCAGUGGCCAAACCUGUAGCAAAGCCGACAGUGGCCUCAGUAUUCAACGCCGACGAUGACGACGAACCCGAGGAGAUGCCAGCAGAGGCUCGAAUGAGAAUGAGAAACAUAGGGCGUGAAACUCCAACAUCAGCUGGGCCCAAUUCAUUCGGAAAGACUAAACAAGGCUUCUGUGAUUCUAAGAAAAUAUUCGAGAAGACCCUCAAAAAGGCGAUGGAAGAGGCCAACAAAUGAUUCUAUUAUUAGUCUUUUUCCCUUGAUUAUUUUAAGAAAAUUGUACAUUCGUUUAACGUAAGUGGUAUAUCGGAGGUAGCAGUUGAAUUUGGAAAGCUGGAGGUUUUUACCGUAGCCCGGAUGUUUUUUCUUCAAUUAGCCAAGUCGCUUUCAACUCAGAUCAUUUUCGGUACAUCGACAUGGUGCAGGGGAAAUUUUUAUCAACGACUCUUGUGUGAUUAUUGUGUAAUUUAAGAUGUUACAAUCUUCCCUCGAUGUCCCUCGGUCUUUCCUGAUAUUUCCAUCAGUGAUAUUUCAAUUGUAAACGUGACAGCUGUAGGGCUGUGAAGGACAGACUCAGUAAUCAGGAAAUUCACGUGAAUAAAUAUUAAUUUCUUUCAAUA